CGCGUGACAACCCUAUUACUCAAGCCGUUGUUGUUUUUUCAAUUAAGCGAUUAUUAUUUAAAAAAGGUACGCCCACGCCCUAGAAACCAAAACAAUUUGGACAUUUUUAAAGGAUAUAUCACAGGAUAACCUUUCGAACAACAUGGUAGUGCUGAGUUCCUGCUGGUCGCCUAUCAUCUGGUCGGAUAAUGUCCGGACAGGGAGUUACGCCGUGGCCGCCUAUACGGCUGCACUAUCCGCCGUAAUGAUCACGCUGAUUUCUUAUAUGCUGGCAGGCGGGGAGUCUGCGCAGCUCUAUUCCCCGCUCUUUGAGACGGAUAUCCGUUCAUCGAUGCCCGUGGCAGGUGGAUUCUUCAUCAUCUACUUCCUGCUGAUCAUCCUGUCCUCCUAUUUGGUCUACUACGGCAUUAAGAUCAGCACUCGGGGAUGGCUACUGCCCUGGUUGGGUCUCAUUGGCCUGGCCAUUCUCUUUCAGUUUUGCUGGAGCCUUUGGCUUAUUGGAGGCUACUAUAUUUAUCUGGAGCAAACCUUCUCGGCCCUUUUAAACUUUGUUUGGGUAGCCUAUAAUAUCUAUUGCUGGCUGGUGGUCUUUUCGCAAUACCAGAUAUUCCUGGAGAUCCAGAAUCCAAACAUUGAGCUGCUCAUGCCAUGAUAGGAGAACCUUCGUACGAAAGCUCAAAUAAUGCAUUAAAAUACUUUUUGACUUGACACAUAUCAGAAGCUCCGUCCAUGCGCAUUUUUACAAUAAGAAUUCCGUACAAUUCCACAGAUGCCUACCAAAUAGUUUUAUACAAAUUUAUAUAUUUUACACACCUUUAUACACAAUCAAAUAUACUAAUGUGUAAAUCGAA